AUGAGUUCCCCAGUUUUGGCCCGGCUGUUCCCAACAGUCACCCGAGCAGCCAGCCGCGCAGUCACAAAGUCACACCCGUCGCGCAUCUCCUCGUCAUCCCAAUGGACACUCUUCUCGAGAAGACCUUUCUCCUCUAGGUCGCCCUUGUUUGUGAAGAAAUAUACAGAAGACCAUGAAUGGAUUGAGUUGGACGCAGACGGCAAAACUGGCACCAUCGGAAUCACAGAAUAUGCAGCGAAAGCGCUUGGUGAUGUUGUCUAUGUCGAGCUCCCGGAGAUAGGGAUGGAGGUGUCCAAGGGAGACACCAUUGGUGCCGUUGAAUCAGUGAAGUCGGCGUCGGAUAUCCUGACACCUGUUUCUGGAAAGAUCACGGACCAUAACAAAGUGCUGGAAGAGAAGCCGGCUACGAUCAACAAGAGUCCAGAGGCGGACGGUUGGCUCGCGAAGAUUGAGGUGAGCGAUGCAGCUGAGCUGGACAGCUUGAUGUCCAAAGAGGACUACGACAAUUUCGAAAAGGAAUGA